AAAUAUCUGGAAGCUCAAAAAUACCUUUUCAGUUAAAAGACUUCAGUUGUGUGGAACGGAUGUUGGUGUGAAAAAAUAUAUAUUUAAAAAAAAUAACAACGAAAUUUGUAAAACAAAAAAAGGAAUAUGGCUACAAAUGCUGAUAAUGAUAACUAUAAUGGAGGCUUGCCGGACGACUCACACGACCCGUUGUAUUUAGAGUGCUAUCGCAAGUCCAUCAAUCAACCGGGCGAUUUUUGGGAUAAAGUUGGCCAUUUAAUCGAUUGGAUGCGGCCAUGGAAUCGUGUGCUGGAUAACUCCAAUCCUCCCUUUACCAAAUGGUUUGUGGGAGGCUAUUUGAAUGCCUGUUACAAUGCGGUGGAUCGUCAUGUGCUGCAGGGUAAAGGCGAUAAGGUGGCAUUGAUACAUGACAGUCCCCUGACGAAUACUGUGCGACAUGUAACCUACGGAGAGCUGUAUGAGCAGGUCUCUCUGUUGGCUGGCGGCAUGUCAAGUCUGGGUGUGGAACGUGGCGAUAAGGUUGUCAUUUAUAUGCCCUUGAUUCCGGAAGCUAUUGUGGCAAUGUUGGCCACAGCUCGUUUGGGCGCUGUGCAUUCGGUUGUCUUUGGCGGAUUUGCUGCCAGUGAGUUGUGUACCCGCAUCGAACAUGCAAAACCGAAAAUAAUUAUUGCCGCCAAUUGUGGCAUUGAACCGGGCAAGAUAAUACCCUAUUUGGAUAUACUGCACAAGGCCGUGGAAAUGUCCAAAUGGAAGCCAAGUUGCAAUGUGGUCUUUGAGCGUAGCAAUAUAGCGCGUUGCUGUUUGAAUACCACCACCGAUAUACCGUGGAUAUCGGUGAUGACGUUGCGAACCGCCAUAGAUUGUGUACCGGUUGAGGCCAACGAUCCGUUGUAUAUUUUGUACACGUCGGGUACAACGGACAAGCCGAAGGGUGUACAACGGCCAAUUGGUGGCCAUUUGGUAACCCUGAUGUAUACCAUGAAAACUAUUUAUGGUAUAAAUCCGGAUGAUGUUUGGUGGAAUGCUUCGGACUUGGGUUGGGUUGUUGGCCAUUCGUACAUAUGCUAUGGACCGUUGUUGUAUGGUGCAACAAGUGUUAUGUAUGAGGGCAAGCCGGAUAGAACACCAGAUCCAGGACAAUAUUAUCGCCUUAUUGAUCAACACAAAGUCACUUCCCUCUUCUCGGUGCCCACAUCAUUCCGUGUUCUGCGCCGUGUCGAUCCCGAUUGUAAAUAUGGUCGAAAAUAUUCGCUAAAAUCAUUGCGUUCGAUUUUCGUUGCCGGCGAACAUUGUGAUUUGGAAACGAAAAGCUGGAUUGAGAAGACAUUUAAGGUGCCGGUUUUGAAUAAUUGGUGGCAAACGGAAACGGGGUCAGCCAUAACUGCCACAUGCUUGGGAUUUAAUCAACGACUUGAUACGCCGGCAUUUACCACCGGUUUGCCGUUUAUUGGUUACAACAUCAAGGUAGUCCAUGCCGAUGGCACAGAAUGUGAACCCUUGGAACUGGGACGAAUUGUAAUUAAAUUACCCCUGCCACCGGGUAAUAUGUCAACACUCUACGAGAACGAUGAGUUGUUUAAAAAACUCUAUUUUACCAAAUAUCCGGGCUACUACGACACCAUGGAUGCCGGCUAUAAAGAUGAAAAUGGUUAUAUCUUUGUGACGGCUCGAGCUGAUGAUAUUAUCAAUGUUGCUGGACAUCGUAUUUCCACAUUGGCCCUAGAGGAUGCUGUUCUACGACAUAGCGAUGUGGUUGAUGUUGCCGUUUUCGGUGUGCCGGAACCAACCAAGGGCCAGGUGCCAAUGUGCCUGUAUGUGCCACGAGAGGGAUGCCGAAAAACACCAUUCAAACUUUCCGCAGAGAUAAUACAAAAGAUCAGAGAAAUUGUUGGUCCCAUUGCCUCGUUUCGUUUGGUGGCUCCUGUCAAGGCAUUGCCCCGCACCCGAUCCGGCAAGACAAUGCGUAAAGCCAUGGCAGAUUUUGCCAAAAAUGAAUUGGUUGUGCUGCCAGCCACCAUUGAAGAUCCCAGUGUCUUCAUUGACAUACGAAGAGCAAUGCAGUGUUUGGGUCAUGCCAUGAAUACACCCGAACCCGUGGUGGCGGUGAAUAAAAAAUAGUCGCUGCCUUCCGACUUCCAGGCAUUUCUUAAGCAAUUCUCGGUAUUCUAAGUAGAAAGUAACUGUAAAAGCAAUCAAAUAAAAUUAAUUAACAUUUUAA